AUGUCUGACUCAUCAGCAUCCUUUUCCUCUAGCUCUGAUUUUGAAGCAACCGAAUAUGAAUCCAUCAAUCGGGCUGUUUCCCAGAUGAAUGCAGUUUUCAAUCCCGAGGCCAUAAGCGCUUGUCUUAACGUUAUCUUCGACGAAGAAGAAAACCAGAGUCAAGCAGCUUCAAGUUCUUCAGCACCCAAGCUGACUAGAAGGCGUUCAACCGCUACCGAAAAAUUUCAGUUUUUCCACAAAGCACCCACGGAUUAUGCUGGUCGACCCGGUUUUAACAUUUUCCAGAAAUGCACUUCUGCAAUUCGUCAGUUAGCUUAUAGCUAUAAGGCUGAUGCUUUAGAUGAGUACUUGCAAAUAGCGCAAGAUACGGGGUACCAAUGUUUAGACGCUUUCUGCAAAUGUGUGAUACAGUUGUAUCAACACGAGUAUUUGAGAAGGCCAACAGAAGCAGAUAUCCAGCGUAUAACUGCUAAACAUGAGGAGGUCCAUGGUUUUUCGGGUAUGCUUGGUAGCAUAGAUUGCAUGCAUUGGGGUGGAGGAACUGUCCAGUGGCAUGGCAAUGGCAAUUUGUUCGACGAUUUGCUUCAGGAUAGGGCUCCUAAAGUAGAGUUUGAAGUAAAUGGGCAACGGUUUGUAAAGGGAUAUUACCUAGCAGAUGGUAUUUAUCCUGAAUGCUCUUGUCAAGUCUUUCAAGUGCCCGAUGGAGCCGAAUCCACCAAGUUCAAGAGAUACCAAGAAGCUGCAAGGAAGGAUGUCGAGCACGCAUUCGGGGUUGGUUCUUCAAGGUCGUUGGCAGAUUGUUGA